GAAGCAUUCGACAAGCAGCGUUCACUCAGAGGAAGGACAGCAGAGACAAAGAUGGAACGACUCAACGCGCUCGUCUGUCUGGGUUUAAUUUGUGUGGCUUCAAUUCAGGCCGUAAAGAUUGACCCCAGAGGAAAUCGUCCGGUGGAGCACGGCACCAGGUCUGAGAAAUGUUCCACUCAGAGGGAGUGGCCUUUCUGCACAGACGAUGAAUGGGGCUCUAAAUGCCCGUCAGGCUGCAGGAUCCAGGGUCUGAUGGAUAAAUACGACCACAGCAUGCUCAAGAGGAUCGAGAAGAUCCGUAACCUCCUGGAUCAGUACAAGGCCAAGCACCGCUCUGCUGACACGGUGUCCAAACAGACCUACGACUACCUGAAGGACAAACUCACCAUUGAGUCUGGUGGCGACAACAGCUACUACGACCUGGCCCAGAAUCUGCGUCAGAGAAUCACUGACUUGAAAAUCAAGAUCGACAGACAGCUGAGGGUCCUGGCCGCCCUGAAGGAUCGAGUCAAAGACCAGGUCGUCGAGAUGCAGAGGCUGGAGGUGGACAUCGACAUUAAGCUCCGUUCCUGCAAAGGAUCCUGCAGCACUUACACCGAGUACCAGGUGGACCAGGAGAGCUACGUGACAUUGGAGAAACAGGUCAGCCAGCUGGACUCCCAGUCACCUCAGCGCAUCGAGUCCGUGGGGACGCUGUACGUGAUGAAGAGCCGCCCGCUAAAGGACGCCAUCGUGGACAGCGUCUACAAGUCCAGCCACGGCUCUGUGGCAGCGCAGAAGAGAGAAGACGUGUUCCCUGAGGUGGAGACCGUCCAGCUGAUCCUGGAGCAGGAAGGAUCUGUGACAUCCCCAGCAACCGUCUCCAAGGACCCAGGUACUUCCUACUCUGCAGCUACAUCAACAUUACCAUCAUCAUCCUCCUUUGGUGGUUCCUCCUCCUCCUCCUCCUCCUCCUCCUCCUCUUCCACUUCCUCCUCCACGUCAUCAAAAUCCAUCACUGAGCUUGGAGGACGCGGCGAUGGUGAUUUGUUUAGUGGAGGGUUUGAUGGCUUCGGCCAGCCCAGUACACACCACGUGUCCAGCAAAUCCAUCACCUGCACCAAAAGCACCAGGAGAGUCAUUGUCCACACAAAGGAAGGGCCAGUGGAGCGGAUGGAGGAAGUGAUGAACGGAGGCCCCGAGUGCCAGGCUAUGGCGGACAACAGCAGAGGGGGAGGGAUGAGCUCCUUCUUCCCUAGCCUUGGCCAUGCAUCCUCCUCCUCCUCCUCCUCUACUUCAUCUUUGACCAGCAAGACGGUCCACACUAGCGGCACCAAGGGAAGCCUCACGGGAGGUUCCAAAGGAGGAUUCGGGGAUCCAUUUGGCGCUGGUUUUGGGUUCGACCUCGGUCCAUUCCACACAGCCGCUGCAGAGGACGACAUUCCUGAUUUCCACGCCCGGAGUGUGAAGAGCACACGCUUCGAGCGGCAGGCCGAUUAUGUAGGAAAAGAUUGCGUUGAAGCCCACCAGAAGCACCUCAAAGGGGAAACGAAUGGACUGUUUAAGAUCAAACCCGGCGGCACUGAUUCCAAGAGGGUAGUGGAGGUUUACUGCCAGCAGGAGGGGCUAAUGGGCGGGUGGUUAUUAGUCCAGCAGCGAGAGAGUGGCGCGCUCAGCUUCAACCGCACCUGGGCCGAAUACCGCAACGGGUUCGGCUCAGUUAACGCGCAGGGCAAGGGGGAUUUUUGGAUAGGCAACCAGAAUCUCCACCUGUUGACUAAUCAGAGUGAGAUCAUGCUGAAGGUAGAGCUUGAGGAUUGGGAAGGGGGUGUAGCAAGUGCUGAGUACACAAUCAGGGUUGGUUCCGAGGAGGAGGGCUACGCGCUGCAUGUUUCCGGGUACAUUGGCGAUGCCGGCGACGCUCUGGUGAUGCCUAAGUCUGACAUGGCAUCUUUUCUGUCCCACAACGGUAUGAAAUUCAGCACCUUUGACAAAGACAACGAUAAGUGGGAGGAGAAUUGCGCAGAGAUGUACGGGGGCGGGUGGUGGUACAACAACUGCCAGUCAGCUAACUUAAAUGGGAUUUAUUACAAAGGCUCAUACGACCCGGAGAAAAACACACCGUAUGAGAUUGAAAAUGGAGUUGUCUGGGUGACGUACAAACCGGCCAAUUACAGCCUGAAAACUGUUAGGAUGUUUAUCCGACCAAAUACUUUUUAAUGGGAUACGGAGCAGGGGAACGUAAAGGAAACUCGUCGAAUAACACCGAAUAUAUACUUUUAUACGCAUUUAGAAUAUGGUCGCAAAAUAGGAAAGCAAAGGAUUCAAACCAGGAGAGGUAACCGUAAAGAGGGUAAAUAAAUAUUUGAGGACAAAAAGCAAAGGGGGUUUCAGACUCUGUGAAUCAUUCUGGGAUUUCAAAAUCAAGUCAAACAGUGUUGGUGUAUAUUUGUAUUUUUCAUCAACUCACUGUGUAAACGGCAUUGACCUGUGUGUUAGGAUUACCAAACCAGUGUUCUUGGAAUAACCUGAUGUUCUCCCAUUUUUUUUUGUUGAACUCUGCUCGAUCAAUAAAGAUUCAAUGUUCACUUCA